CGAGGAUUUUCGGUACGUAUCCAUAAUGAUCUUCGAUAGAGUCAGGAUUUCUAGAACUAUAAUACAGUCAUUUCAGAAAAUUUCCACACCUAGGUUUCAGAAAAAACUUUCUAAUCACAAAGAUAACUUCUUGACAGCAUGACAGAGGGUUCAAACAAAUCAAAGAGGUCUGGGAAAAUCUGCUCUUGGAAAAACUGAAACCAAGUGAUUGGAAAGAAUUAAAAUACUCCAUUUGUAUCUACCUUUUUCAAAUGGCUUUUCAUCUGGACGAAAAAUAGACAAGUUUCUAAGAGGGGCAGCUUGCAGUUGAAACAGAAGACUUUUUAAAAUCUUUGAGGUCACUCUACUGAACCACUCUCGAACACCACAAUCAAUUGAAGCCCCAUCUUUCUUGGUAAGGUUUGCAAAAGCCCGCGAUCUUUUGAAGUACUCUAUGUCCAAACAUUUUUCAAGAUUUUCGCGCUCUUGCAUUUUGUUUGGGGUCAAAGCCUCGUUUCCAAUUCCAUUUACUUGGAAGUGACAAAAUGGCGGGUGAAGUCAGUGAAAGCGAGUCCUAUCUGCACGGCGUUUUGGUGACAUUCUUCAAAAGGUUGGAUGAUGAUUUUAAGCCAGAUGACCAAACUAAUCUAGUUGUAACAGCUGAUGAUAAUUUAUUAGUGUGGAGUGAGCGGGAAAAGCAAAUUGUUGUGGUUCCAGCAAAUGGUGUUGUGCCAAGUCUUGCAUCGAAAUGCCAAAACACGCGUCCAGUUUAUCAGAAAAUCGGCUGCUCACAUCCAGUUGUGUUUCAUGUGAUUGCCAUGAAAAUGAGCUUAUCUUCCCAUUUUCUGGCUAUUAUUGGAUACAAUGGCGUUGCUGUUAUGGAGAUGCCAAGGCAAUGGGGGACCAACAGUCUGUAUGUUGGCGGAAAGGCAAAUAUAAUUUGCAGGUCUGUGUUGUUGGGUGAGAGCCUUUUCAGAAAGCAAAUAAGCUUAAAAGUUGUUCAGAUGGAAUGGUUUCCAGGAAGUGAAACAGAUUCACAUGCCAUCUUGCUGACAAAUGAUAACUGUUUAAGAUGUUUUCAUGUUGGGGAGUAUGAUACACCAAUCAGUACUAUUUCACUGUCCAAUGGACCAAGCACAUUAAAAGUCAACCCAUCAUUGAAUUUUGCAUCUGCCCUUGGUGAAGAAGCUGUGUCAUUCAGUAUAACGCCUUCAGCCACCAGCCUAAAUGGACCAUCUAUGUAUCCAAUAUUUGUUAUGCAAGAGAAUGGCAAUGUGUUGACAGUGUGGACCAAGUUAGAUCAGAAGAGGAUUUUUUGGAAAACUCGUGGACCACUUAAGAUGGCUCCAGAAUCCGAAGAUAACUACUCUGGAGAUUUCUGCUCAAUCUUAUGUCUAAAAACCACACCAACUGUUGUUGUCUUGGCAACAAGGAAUGGGAUAAUUCAUCAUUGUAUCGUAUUAGAGGAUGAGGAUGUUCAGGAUGGAGAUGAAGAGGACAGGGAUGAAAUGCGACAGAUGCAGAGAUCAAGCUUAUGCGUUAUGGGGAUGACGCUGUUAGUUUACGAAACGAUUGAGCUGGAUUUCACACUUUUGCCUUCAGAGGAUGGACACCUUGAGCAAAGCGAAACAAAGCAAAAUUUUGAUGUACAACUCCGAGAAGAUCCCACAAGACCACAUUGUUACUUCUGCACUAGUAACAAUGGCAUCCACAUGGUGAAUUUGACUUGGGCUGAAGAUCUGCGGGAACUUUGCUUAUCCUUGAAAGAAAAUCAAGAAUUUGAAUGCACAUCUCUGUCGGAAGUCAAGUUCGUUCUUUGCACAUGUCCUACGGAGAAAAGUGACCCAGUUCCUAUAAUCGGUACAACUGUCAUCUCAAGCUUUGACACUGGACCUCUUGUUCUGUGUUUACUUGAGAAUGGUGAGCUGAUUUCAAGGCCUGUUGGUCGAUCAAACGAGGGUGCCAUUGAAAGUGAAGAAAUGGAUGCCAAAAUUUCGAAGCAUGUGGAAUCUCCGUUAAAGAGACUGCAGCAUGCUGGUACUUUCGACCAAUACAUUUGCAAUAUUUUGAAGAGAGAGAACAAUCUGCCCGUUAUAAAGUCGCGUGAUGAAAAUAAUAAACUAUCUCAGGCCGAGUUUUAUGCACUUUUAACACAAGCUACAAACUGCUUGAGAGAAGAAUAUAUACAAAAAAUGAUGAAAGCAAAAUCUGAAAUCAAGAAAAGAUGCGAAGUUCUAGCAAAACAUAAGGUUCAGCAACUUAAUACGCUAGAAGAUCUCUCAGAGGAUGAAGUGCUGAGUCACAAUGCUGAGUUUUUAGCCGAGAAAGUGUCCAUAGUUUCUGAAAACGUCCUUUUAUUGACGACAAGACUCGAUAACUAUAUACAGAGCAUACAGACAAGUGCACCAAUCCUGUCAGAUGCAGAGUGUGAAUGGGGCAGAGAAGUGCAGCAAAUGCAGAAGAGAUUAGCGACUUUAAAAAGACAUUUGCAAGCAGUAAAGCAAAAAGACGAAGAUCUCCGUAUUGGCAAAGUCCGUCAUAGCACAUCGAAAAGUGACGAACAGCAGUUGAAUCGAAGCCAGCUAGUCAGAGUGAAGACGAAUUUAAAAGAGCAGAACAAUAGAAUUGCACAUCUCGUCGACCAGGUGAAAACUGUAGACAAAAGAAUCUGAAAGAGAACGAGCUCACACUGGUAACCAAUGUAAAUUUCCUUCAUAGUUGUGUUGCAUCUAGAUAGGGUUGAGGUUUGAGGAAACUACGUCUUUAAUUGUAAUGAGCAGCCCCUUCAAUAACUGUGGCUUGAAUACAAAUCUUUGUUAAAUAAAUGUCUGAUAUUUUCCAGCGCAUAUCGUAUGCUCUUAUAAACUUUCCAGUUGCAAAGUUCUUCAGUGAUAUAAAUGAUGAUAGUACCUUAGCGCAAACUGAAACCACAAAUUUAGUUAUUAAAAAGGCCGUAAGCAUUACAAUGAGGUACUGACAAAAAACAUGACUCUUACUCUGCACCUCCCCAACCUUCCCCGACCCUUCCCCUCUUUGGAGAAAGUAGCUUCUCUCCCGAAAAAUGUGUGUUGAAACCACUUGAAAGACUUGUUUUCUGCUAGAACACAUGUUUCCAACUCAUGUUUCCUACAGUAAAAACCGGAUUUGUUAGUCAGUGUAUCAACUACAAUACCAGGGAGGUGGUCAUAUUUUGACCUCAACCUUGCCCCCCUCAAACCCCAUCCCCUAAACAUCAGCGCGCUUGAAACUGUAGUAAUGAACUCUAUUUACAAUUGCGGCAUGAUUUAUGGAAUAGCCAAGGUAAAUGAGAUGCAACAGAUCAAGGAUCAACCAACCAUCAAGUCCAUUGACAAACUUCACAAAGCGUCAACGUACCGUUAUUGUUGCUAAGGGUAUCCACUUGUCCAUGUUAAAAUGCAAUAUGUAUUUGCAAUUGAAAAGAGGUAUUAGAAUUUUAAGAUUAAACAAUUGCGACAUAAACUAGCAAACAUCUCUCCCGUAGAUUAUUCGAAAUCGUUGAAUUAAAUGGCUUUCGAGAAUCGUUUGAUGAAUUUUUUGAUACAUGAAAAUCCAAGCAAUAAAUCGUUAAGCCUUUUAAGUUUAUUUUAUCACUUACCACUUAACUGAAACAAACAA